AGUCACCACAGUGCGCUGGGAUACAAAACAAGGCAGGCGGGCGGGCGGUCGGUCGGGCGGCGGGCAGGCAGGGCUCUCACUGGCUCCGUAACGCAAGUAGGUCAGUCCGAGUGGCGGCGGUUUGGAGCGGAGACUUUAGGACCCCUAAAGAGACGCGGUGAAUCAACAACAUCCCUCUGGAAUGAACCGUCUAAAAGCCCACUGCCACCCCUCGCUCUCCAGGGUCCUGACCGUGCAGCUCCGCCACUCCUCCACCAGCACCACCACCUUCUCCGCGGCAGGCAACUUUUAGAAAGAAAUCAUGGAGUUACGAGUUGGAAACAAGUACCGCCUUGGGCGGAAAAUCGGAAGCGGCUCGUUUGGGGACAUCUACCUUGGUGCGAACAUUACGUCAGGAGAGGAGGUGGCUAUCAAGCUGGAGAGUGUGAAGACUAAGCAUCCCCAGCUGCACAUCGAGAGCAAAUUCUACAAGAUGAUGCAGGGAGGAGUGGGUAUUCCUUCCAUCAAGUGGUGUGGCGCAGAGGGCGAUUACAACGUAAUGGUGAUGGAGCUGCUUGGUCCCAGUCUGGAGGAUCUGUUCAACUUCUGCUCAAGGAAAUUCACCCUUAAGACGGUGCUGCUUCUCGCAGACCAGAUGAUCAGCCGUAUUGAAUACAUCCACUCCAAGAAUUUCAUUCACAGAGACAUCAAACCUGAUAACUUCUUGAUGGGCCUCGGCAAGAAGGGCAAUCUGGUCUAUAUCAUUGACUUCGGCCUGGCCAAGAAGUACCGCGACGCUCGCACACAUCAGCACAUUCCCUACCGUGAGAAUAAGAACCUGACUGGCACCGCCCGCUACGCCUCUAUUAACACUCACCUGGGCAUCGAGCAGUCUCGGCGGGAUGACCUGGAGUCUCUUGGUUAUGUGCUCAUGUACUUCAACCUGGGCUCUCUACCCUGGCAAGGCCUGAAAGCCGCCACCAAACGUCAGAAAUACGAGCGCAUCAGUGAGAAGAAGAUGUCUACCCCUAUUGAAGUGCUUUGCAAGGGCUAUCCAUCUGAGUUCUCCACGUACAUGAACUUCUGCCGCUCCCUGCGAUUUGAUGAUAAGCCCGAUUACUCCUACCUGAGACAGCUGUUCAGAAACCUCUUCCACAGACAGGGUUUCUCCUAUGACUACGUCUUCGACUGGAACAUGUUGAAAUUCGGAUCCAGCAGGACGGCAGAGGAGAAAGAGAAGGAACAGAGAGGAGGAGAGGGGGAGGAAAGGGAUGAGAGAACCGGAGGGCCUCAGGGUUCUGCUGCCCGCGCUCUGCCAUCUGGCCCCAAUGUGCCAGCACCCAACAGAGUCCGUAACGGUCCUGACCCGGCCGGCUCUGCUCCAGCCUCACGUGUCCCGCAGUCUGGGAACGCAUCUCCCAGAGCAGGGCGGGGGGCUGAGCGGGAGAGGAGAGUGUGUCUGCGCCUUCACCGGGGGGCUCCAGCUAACGCCUCCCCUGAUCUCCCACUGCGCCAUGAUCAGAUACGCAUCACACCCCCACAGGUCAGUGUGCCGUUUGAGCACAUGGGGAAGUGAGCUUGGAUCUUCUGUCAUUUAUUCUUUUCUAGGAGGAUUUAAACAAACAACUCCCCUAAAGCAUUUGUAUUCAUCUUUCUAUAUAAGUCAGUGGGGGCGAGGAAACAGAAGUUGGGGAGAGGGGCAGAAAGUAAGUAACUUCUCUGUUGCAAUGGACAAAGAGAUCCACAACCCGGCUGCUCUGGAAUGCUGAAGGUUUCUGGGGGAUUUGGAUGAUGAGACAUAAAUGGUGAACUGGCAUGACUCAACUAUGGACAAGAGAAGUUUGGAUCACAAGUCUCAGGCAUAGAAAUGAUUACUGGAAAUGAAAACUUUUUGCCCACAAUGUGACUGUUAUUCCUGUGUGGUCUGAAGAACAGAUGCUACGAAAGACAUGGAAUAACUUCUUGGAUUGUUCAAAUUGAUUGUUUAUUAAGUGUGAGUCCAAAUAAAUGUAUCACUCGCACUCUUACUUUUAACGCACACAGAAGUGUUGUACGUUGUCAUACAUGCUGAUGUAGAUGGUUUAGUGGAAAGCAUCAUUUUUUUUAUGUUUGAACAUAUCGUAUGCACAAGCUAAGAAUCUUAACAGUGCGUUCAGUCGAACUUUCAGUGGUCGCUUUAUUAGCUGGAGAUUGGACUAAUCAUGCAGCGAAACAUUAAAGAAAAAAUUCUCCAUUUGCAUAGCAUGGACUGACAUUUACUGACAUUUACCAAGAUGUUAACCAGACCAGAGGUUACAGUCAACCGAACUAAAAAUCAAAAUAACAUCCCAAACAUCACUGCUGGCCUAUAUGUCUAUAUGUCAGAUCCAUAGAAAUAUAUAUGGCAUAUAAAGUGGAGUUAAUCUAAAGAGGUAUGUACUGGCAUGUUUGGCCAUGGGACCCAGAUUUAUAAAUAAAUUAAUAUGUUACAAUAAUCUGAUAAACUGAUGAGUUGUUCUGGAAAACACAGAAGUUAGUGGUUUCCAGCCUUGCACAACCCCUACACUAUAAUUUUCAGUGUUUUCAUGAUCUAAUACAACCUCUCCAACUUAUAAAACUUAGGAAUACUUUGUAAUUUAGCUAAUUAGUUGGAAAGAUGUGUUAGAGCAUUAAUGUGCAGAAUGGGUCACUGAAUGUGCAUACUUGGAAACCACUGAUGGAAGUUUAAACUUGCAUUUUUCUGCAAUAUUAAAGUCAUUCAGAGUGUAUAAACAAGUCAUUCAGAUUUAUUCUCUAUUAGUUCUGAAAUAAGGCUUUGGCCUAAAAUGUAUUUUUAAGGAGAAUACAAAUUUUCAUAUACAGUUUGUGCAUGCUUCUCAAAACAGGCAAAAUGCAUCUAAAAUAUUUAAUUGAUUAAAUAUUUAAUAUUAUUAAAAAUAGAAAACAUUCUACUGUAAAAUCUACUAGGCCACCAUUUUUGUUGCACCACAGAUUAAACUAGAAUAUCACCCCAGAGAAGAAGUACACCAAAUGUCUUAUUUCCAGCAGUGUCACAACAGAAACUCUGCUCUUAAGGGACUUUAAUCUAUUUUUUUCCUACAGUAUGUAUAUCUAUAUGUAUAUUAUGAUAUAUACAUCUUCAUUUGGCUUACACAUGACUGUCAUUUGUAAUAGUGCUUGACAUGACUUUUAAACAUUAUACAUUAUUUUUUCAGCAUUUCAUAUUUACAGUCAGAGUUCAUUUAAAAUACAUUUGCAUAUGGUCUUCAAAACAGCCACUUUACAGGAGAGAGGGAAAAUGUAACUUUGAAUAGAAGUCAAUGUAAAAAAAAAAGUUUAUUUCAGGUAUUUUUUUGAGAAUUUCUAUUGGUCCAUUCAUCAAGAAAUUUUGACACAGUGUAAAAUCCACAAAAACAGAGAUAUAAAAAUACAAAAAUAAGGUAAUAUCAUGCAGUAGUACAAUUUGAUAUAAAAAAUAGAAACAUACAAAUUUUCAACAGCACAUAAAACCCAGGUUCCAACCAACACUGCAGUUUAAAGAAAUUCGAUAGAAUUUAUUUUCCCCACAAUUCAUUAAUUAAUUCACCUGAAUGACUUUAUCAUCUUAAUGAUUGUCUUAUUCAGAAAUUCAGAGAUGAUGAGUAAAAUGAUAAAUGAUGUUGGUGUACUCCCUCUUUAACAGAGUUUAAUAAAGACUUUCAGCAGUA